UUUUCCUUAGCCUGUCUGGCUAAGCAGGGCCAUUGCUGCCUCCGCUGCUGCUGCUAGACACACCACACACACCAACAUCAGGAGGGGGAAAAGUAAGGGAGAGAGGAGAAAAAAAAAAAAAUCCCAGGAAGAUGGCGCCCACCAAGCCAAGCUUUCAGCAGGAUCCUUCCAGGCGAGAACGAAUAACUGUCCAGCAUCCUCUGCCCAACCAAUCAGAAUGUAGGAAAAUCUACCGAUAUGACGGAAUCUACUGUGAAUCUACCUACCAGAAUUUACAAGCUCUGAGGAAGGAAAAGUCCAGAGAUGCUGCUCGCUCUCGUCGGGGAAAAGAGAAUUUUGAAUUCUAUGAGUUGGCAAAGUUGUUGCCAUUGCCUGCAGCCAUUACCAGCCAGCUUGACAAGGCAUCCAUCAUCCGACUUACAAUUAGCUAUCUGAAGAUGCGGGACUUUGCUAAUCAAGGCGAUCCUCCAUGGAACUUGAGAAUGGAAGGACCUCCACCUAAUACAUCAGUAAAAGUUAUAGGUGCCCAGCGCAGGAGAAGUCCCAGUGCCCUUGCCAUUGAAGUAUUUGAAUCACAUUUGGGAAGUCAUAUCUUACAGUCCCUGGAUGGAUUUGUCUUUGCACUAAAUCAAGAAGGAAAAUUUUUGUACAUUUCAGAAACUGUCUCCAUCUACUUAGGCCUGUCCCAAGUGGAACUGACAGGCAGCAGUGUGUUUGACUACGUCCACCCAGGAGACCAUGUGGAGAUGGCAGAGCAGCUGGGCAUGAAGCUUCCCCCGGGGCGAGGCCUUCUCUCGCAGGGUACAGCAGAGGAUGGAGCCAGCUCAGCAUCCUCAUCUUCCCAGUCUGAGACCCCUGAGCCAGUGGAAUCUACAAGCCCCAGUUUACUAACUACUGACAACACUCUAGAGCGCUCUUUUUUCAUCCGAAUGAAAUCUACGCUGACCAAGCGAGGAGUGCACAUCAAAUCGUCCGGAUACAAGGUGAUUCAUAUAACAGGCCGGUUACGUCUGAGAGUGUCACUGUCCCACGGACGGACAGUACCCAGCCAAAUCAUGGGACUUGUUGUCGUUGCUCAUGCUUUGCCUCCUCCUACAAUUAAUGAAGUCAGGAUUGACUGCCACAUGUUUGUCACUCGUGUGAAUAUGGACCUCAAUAUCAUUUACUGUGAAAAUAGGAUUAGCGAUUACAUGGAUCUGACCCCUGUAGAUAUUGUAGGAAAGAGAUGUUACCACUUCAUUCAUGCUGAAGAUGUGGAAGGCAUCAGACAUAGUCACUUAGACUUGCUGAAUAAAGGUCAAUGUGUAACAAAGUAUUACCGCUGGAUGCAGAAGAACGGAGGUUACAUCUGGAUACAGUCUAGCGCAACUAUAGCUGUCAAUGCCAAGAACGCAAGCGAGAAGAACAUCAUCUGGGUGAAUUACCUUCUUAGUAACCCAGAGUACAAGGACACUCCAAUGGAUAUUGCACAACUCCCUCAUCUGCCAGAGAAAACCUCAGAAUCCUCGGAGACCUCUGACUCUGAAUCGGACUCAAAGGACAACUCAGAGGACAAUGAGAACUCAAAGUCAGAUGAGAAAGGAAACCAGUCAGAAAACAGUGAAGACCCUGAAUCGGACAGGAAAAAGUCAGGAAAUCAGUCAGAUAAUGAAAUGAACUGUAAUGAUGAUGGGAACAGCUCCAGCAACCAGGACAGCAGGGACAGUGAUGACAGCUUUGAAAACUCUGACUUCGAAAAUCAAAAGGCCCCUGAGGACAGUUUUGGCACUCUUGGCUCUAUGCAGAUCAAGGUGGAGCGCUAUGUUGAGAGUGAGUCAGACUUGCGGUUGCAGAACUGUGAGUCACUGACCUCGGACAGUGCCAAGGACUCAGACAGUGCAGGGGAAGUAAAUGCCCAGUCUUCCAGCAAACAUCAAAAGAGGAAGAAAAGGAGAAAAAAGCAAAAGGGAGGCAGCAUGACCCGGAGAAGGCUGUCAAGCACCUCAAGUCCAAAUGGACUUGACCCAGCUUUGGUGGACCAGCCCCAGCUGCUCUCGUCACCAAACAGUGCCUCAGUGCUCAAAAUUAAAACAGAAAUCUCAGAACCUAUCAAUUUUGAUAAUGAUAGCAGUAUUUGGAAUUACCCACCUAACAGGGAAAUCUCAAGGAAUGAAUCACCCUACAGUAUGACCAAGCCCCCCAGCUCCGAGCACUUCCCUUCCCCCCAAGCCAGCAGUAGUUUACAUGUCUCCAUUCCAGACUCCGUUCUCACCCCGCCAGGGACUGAAAAUACUGCCAGCCGUAAAUCUCAGUUCAGCACCUCAUCCAACUCAGCCUUGGCUCCUGUGUCCUCUGACCCUUUGUCACCUCCACUUUCAGCAUCUCCACGGGACAAACAUCCAGGAGGUCCCACAGCUUCCAACUCUUUGUUGUACACUGGGGAUCUGGAAGCCCUUCAGAGGUUACAAGCAGGCAAUGUGGUGCUUCCUUUGGUUCACAGGGUAACAGGAACCCUUGCCGCAACCAGCACUGCUGCUCAGAGGGUCUACACCACUGGCACUAUUCGGUAUGCUCCAGCUGAAGUUACUUUAGCCAUGCAGGGCAACCUCCUCCCCAAUACCCAUGCUGUUAACUUUGUUGAUGUUAACAGCCCCAGCUUUGGGCUGGAUCCUAAAACACCGAUGGAAAUGCUCUACCACCACGUUCACCGACUCAAUAUGUCGGGACCGUUUGGAAGUGCUGUGAGCGGGGCCAGUCUGACCCAAAUGCCUGCAGGGAAUGUGUUCACAACUGCCGAAGGACUUUUUUCCACUCUCCCAUUUCCUGUGUACAGCAAUGGCAUUCACACUACACAGACUCUGGAACGGAAAGAGGAUUGAAAUAUGACCACAUACUGUGUUCAGUGUUAUACUCUGAGGCAUAGACUAUGUUUUAAUUUAGACCUUUAAUUCUAGCACUUUGAAUUUGAGCAGGUCAGCUUAUUCUCUCAAUAUGAUGGUCCCCGUUUCCUUCCCUUUCUCUUUAACUUGACUUAUUCUUUAAUGUAAAGAUAUUUUUUUAUUUUUGCCUUCAGAGAGUCGAAGUACCAGUUGCCUGCCAUUUUGUCUUCUUCUAAGAUGUGUGUUUUUCCUUUGCAUCUUUAUUAAGAUGCCUUUAAUAUGUGUAUGCCUCUGCCAUAGAAUACUCAGUGUUGUGGUAAAGAGAUUUUAAAGUGACAACCAUUGGUUUUACUUCAAAAUGAUCUUGAUAUGAUCAAGAUUAAAAGAGACAAGCAUAAACAAUGUGCCCUGUUUGACUAAGUCAAAUGAAAGGGGGUUUUUGUUCCUAAUUCCUUUAAGAAUAGGGGAUAGUAUUUUAGAAUUUUAUGCAGAGUUUAAUUCUCUUUUUAUGGUUAAGAUUUUCUUACUUGCACAUAAAAUAAUUUGGGUUCUUAAAAAGUUAAUUUCUGGCCUGUGACUAGAAUGUUAAAAAGUUGGACUAAAUGUUAAUUACUGAAACUUUAACUUAAUUUCUAAAACCAUGGUGCUAUCAUUUAUUAAUCUGCAAUGUCUUCAUACAAUAUGCAGCUUGUGGGCUGGGUUUUUUGGAAAGAAUGUGUUCCGUACUGGUUUAUAGUCAGGUGCUGCAGUCUCCUUGGUUAGUUAAGACAAAAGCCCUCAUUAACAUUUGCUGCAAGACUUAAAUUUUUUUACCUCCAAACUAACAAACAUAGCCUCACAUCAAAUUUAAAUGGGUCAGGAAGCCUUUUUCAAAAAGUGCUUAAAAACAAGAAACUCAAUUUAAUUGACGCGAGGAGCAGUUUCUUAGGUGCAUAUUGUUUUGCUUAUUUUUUUUCUCAGUGUAACUGAGGCUAAUUUUACAACAUCAAAUAACACUUCAGAGUAAAAA